GUCACGUGAAGGCUAGCCGAUUUAGGUCUUAGUCACACUUUAUCAGGCUUAGCGAGCCUAAUUCGGCCUAGUUACUCCGUCCCCUUAGUCAGGCACUCUGUCCCAAUAGUGGCACCCAUGGGAGUUGGCGGUUCUGGAGCAGGAAGAAGGAAAACCCUAGCCCAUGUCUCGAAUUGCUUGCCGCUGCUGCUGGACCCUUGCUCUGCCCCACCCCCGCAAACCAAACCCCACUUUAUUUUUCGAUGAAAGGGCGCAGAUUGACCAACACCAUCACAGCUCUAGCUCCGGGGCCGGACCUCGCUUCGCCGGUGACUAACACCUCUAGCAACGACAACAAAAAAGAAAGAAAAACAGUCUUCGAAACCCAUUGAGAUACGGGGGUGGCAAAACAUACCAAGCCAUGUCGCUAACCAACGCCUCUCCCGCUGACGCUGCCCAGGCGGCCAAGUCGGCAUCCCAUGUGCUCGCUACUCUCUCGGCCGAUGCUCGCAACGAAGCUCUCGAAGCCAUCCACGCCGGACUAACUGCCGCCCGCGAUGACAUCCUCGCGGCCAAUGCUAGGGAUCUUGAGCUGGCUCAGAAGGCCGCAGCUGAUGGCAAGCUGAGUCAGAGCCUCGUCUCCCGCCUCGACCUGAGCAGGAAGGGCAAGUGGGAGGAUAUGCUCAAGGGCAUCCUCGAUGUUCGCGACCUAGAAGACCCCGUCGGCAAGGUUACCCUGCGCACCCGCAUUGACAACGGCCUUGAACUUGAGAGAGUUACUUGCCCUAUCGGCGUGCUCCUCAUCAUCUUCGAGGCCCGCCCCGAGGUAAUCGCCAACAUCGCCGCCCUCGCUGUCAAGUCCGGCAACGCGGCCAUCCUCAAGGGCGGCAAGGAGUCAACCGAGUCCUUUGUCGCAAUCUCGAGUGUUAUUUCGGCCGCCCUUGAGAAGUCGCAAGUCCCCAACGGCGCAAUCCAGCUUGUCACCACCCGCGACGUCAUCCCCCAGCUGCUCGCCCUCGACAACCACAUCGACCUCGUCAUCCCGCGUGGCUCCAACGAGCUGGUCCGCUACAUCAAAAACAACACUCGCAUCCCGGUCCUUGGCCACGCCGACGGCCUCUGCUCCAUCUACCUCGAACAGUCCGCCGACCCGUCCAUGGCCGCCGAGGUCAUCCUCGACUCCAAGACCGGCUACCCCGCCGCUUGCAACAGCGUUGAGACCCUCCUCGUACAAGACACCGCCCUCCAAACCCUCCUCCCCACCGUCGCCACUGCGCUGGCAGCCAAAGGCGUCGAGCUGCGUUGCGACGCGCAGAGCAAAGCCGCACUGGCCGGGACGCCCAACCUAACCCUCGCGGACGCGACCGACGCCGACUUCGCGACCGAGUUCCUGUCGCUGACGCUAGCCGUCAAGACGGUGUCGUCGCUGGACGACGCCAUCGCCCACAUCAACACGCGCGGGUCCCACCACACCGACUGCAUCCUGACGGCGUCGGCGGAGCAGGCGGAGCGGUUCAUGGCCGCGGUCGACUCGGCGGGCGUGUACUGGAACGCGUCGACGCGCUUCGCCGACGGCACGCGCUACGGCUUCGGCACCGAGGUCGGCAUCAGCACCAACAAGAUCCACUCGCGCGGGCCCGUCGGCCUGGAGGGGCUCAUGAUCUACAAGUACAAGCUGCGCGGGCAGGGGCAGGUGGCGGGGGCGUAUGGGGACGGGAAGAAGCCGUUUUUGCAUCAGAGGUUGGGUCUGGAGUAGGGUGAAAAUAAAACUAAGAAGAAUAAAAGGGUUUGAGGCCCGUCUGAUGUCCAAUCUGCCGUGCCCUUUUGUUGAGUGAACAUGAAAACCUGCCGGUUUACUUGCUUCGCCUGGACCGAUGACCCCUUUCUGAACACGAUUAUGGAUUCGUUUGAUCGAUCGGUUGAAACCACCCAUCACCCCUUCAACCAAACAAUAGAGGGGGGAAUAAUACUGAACCUAGAACAACCCAACUCCACACAAGUAGUCCAUCCACAUGCCACCUAUCAAACACAAUGGUAG